AUGAUUGCCUGUAUAAAUGCUGUUGGAAAUUCAGUUCCCCCUUUGAUAAUAUUUCCUAGAGUUUUCUUUAAAGACAAUAUGUUAAAAGGUGCUCCUCCAGGUACGAUUGGUGCAGCUAACCAAUCCGGAUGGUCAACUGAAUUGAUCUUUAGGAAAUAUCUGGAUCAUUUCAUAAAGUUUGCAAAACCUACGAAAGAAUGUCCAGUCCUCUUGUUAAUGGACAACCAUGAAACACAUAUCUCAAUUGAUAUCAUUGACAAAGCCGUCGAUAAUGGUAUAGUUCUGCUCACGUUGCCUCCACACACAUCAGAUAAUUUACAACCUUUAGAUCGUUGCGUUUUUGGACCAUUUAAGGCGCAAUAUAACAAAGCAGCCGAUAAAUGGAUGCUAAAUCACCCUGGAAAACCUAUUACAAUUUACGACAUUUCAGAAAUUGUCGGUGAUGCAUAUCCUCUUGCUUUCACACCCAAAAAUAUUAUUAAAAGUUUCGAGGUAACAGGCAUUUGCCCAUUUAAUAGAGAUAUAUUCAGUGAAGAAGAUUUUUUAUGCUCAUUUGUUACUGAUCGACCCCAGCCAUUGACCACAAUUUCAGAUAAUUGUACUCAAAGUCAAUCUCUCACGGAUAGUGUAGAAGAGGUAAUGCACAUUGCUGGAUCAUCUGGAAUUCGGCAUGCAAAUCAGGAUACAGAAACUCAGUCUACUGCUGUUUGUCAGUUCUCUCUGGAUGAGACUCGUGAAGAUAUUGAAAACGCACCAAUCACUCCGAAAAAAGAGCUUCACAAAAUAACGCCGGAAUCUGUAUGCCCGUUUCUAAAAGCAGACCCUCGAAAAUCAGCUAGACGAGGAAGGAAACCUGGAAAGAGUAGAAUUUUAACUGAUAGUCCAGAAAAAAAUGAAAUAAAGAACGAAGCAAUUAAUAAAGCAGAAAAAAAAAGAAAAAUAGAAGAAAAGAAAAAAAAUAAGAAAAAAGAUAUACCGAAAAAGACAAAAAAAUCCUCCAAAGGGCUAUCAAAGGCCGGCGUUAGCGAAAAGAACACCUCAUCUGCAGAAAAAAAAGUCACAAUUCUGGCUGACGAGGUGUUACCUUAUGCCAUGUGUAUAGGAUGUAGAAAACAUGACAGUGUUAAUAAAAUGCUCGAUUGUUCUCAAUGUGAAUUAAAAUAUCACAAAAAAUGUGUAUCACGAUCACACAGAGAUAUUUUUGAAUCAGAUGAUGAGUCGGUUUUUUUAUGUGAGAAGUGUUACAUUUUAGAUGAUGAUGAUGAUUCAGAUACCUCUGAUGACACUGCCUUAGCAUUAUAUAAACAGUAUUGCGAAGCCAAAAAUAAAUUUAACUGA